AUGACCAACAAGACAAUACUGGCGUUCGAUCUCUACGGAACGCUGCUUUCGACACAUUCAAUCGCAACGACGCUCGCGAAACACUAUGGACAAGACAUGGCUGAGUCAAUAGCCACAUUGUGGCGUCGGUAUCAGAUUGAAUACACUUUCAGGCUGAACUCGAUGAAACAAUAUCAGGACUUUGAGGAAGUAACCAGAAAGUCUCUUCUGCAUACUCUGGCCGAAUAUCGUCUCAGCAUGGAGAUAAAUGAUAUUGAGGAGGUAAUGCAGGCGUACGACAGCCUAUCAACCUUCAAAGAUGUAGUGCCGGCAUUGGAAGAGCUUCGAAACCUGGACAAUGUUGAAUGUGUCGUGUUCUCGAAUGGCACCAAAAAGAUGAUCACUAAUUCUGUUAACGGAUCGUCGCAGUUAUCAGAUUGUAGCAAUGUCUUUUCUCAACUCGUGUCUAUUGACCAUAUCCGAAGCUUUAAGCCCGCGCCUGAGGUAUACAAAUAUCUUGCCCACUGUGUUCGCAUGGCAGGCCGGGAAUCAGAGGUCUGGUUGGUAUCAGGAAACCCAUUCGAUGUGGUCGGCGCUAGAUCGGUUGGUCUCAACGCAGCUUGGGUUGACAGGAGUUCUCAAGGAUGGCAAGAUCGCCUAGGGCCUGAGCCGACUAAGAUCAUACACGGUCUAGGUGAGCUAGUGGAUAUGUUCAAACAAUGA